UAGUUCCGAUCCCCAUUCUGCACAGAAAACAGAAAUGGCGACCAACAACGUGGCUCCGAUUCCCCUCGACACCUACAAUCUCGGCUUCAUCGGUGCCGGCAAAAUGGCGGAGAGCAUAGCACGCGGUGUUGUCAAGUCGGGUGUUUUACCCGCUUCCAGGAUCCGAACUGCUCAUCACCGCCCCCAGCGCAGCUCCGCUUUCGAAUCAUUUGGGGUCACCGUUUUCGAGCACAAUCAUCAGGUAAUUCAUGACUGUGAUGUGGUCGUACUUUCUGUGAAACCUCAAAUUGUUAAGGAUGUGGCACUGGAGUUAAAACCACUUCUUUCUGAGAAGCAGCUUUUGGUUUCAGUAGUUGCAGGAGUUAAGUUGAAGGAUCUUCAGGAAUGGGCUGGCCAUACCCGGUUUAUAAGAGUAAUGCCAAACACUCCAGCUGCCAUUGGUCAGGCAGCUUCUGUUAUCAGCCUGGGUGCAACAGCCACAGAGGAGGAUGGAGAGUUGGUAUCUAGAUUAUUUGGAGCGAUUGGUAAGGUGUGGAGAGCUAAUGAGAAGCUUUUUGAUGCUAUAACUGGCCUUAGUGGAAGUGGACCAGCCUAUAUCUAUUUAGCCAUAGAAGCUUUAGCUGAUGGAGGUGUUGCUGCAGGUCUACCUCGAGAACUAGCGCUUGGUUUAGCUUCUCAAACAGUACUAGGAGCAGCAUCGAUGGCUAUUAAUGGAGGGAAGCAUCCUGCUCAGCUAAAAGAUGAUGUUGCGUCACCUGGUGGGACAACCAUUGCUGGAAUUCAUGAGCUGGAGAAGGCUGGAUUUCGUGGGAUUUUGAUGAAUGCUGUUGUUGCUGCUGCAAAACGUGGAAAGGAACUUUCACCGAAUUAGUUCAAUUUGGGAUUUGCAAAAGCUAGACUUGUUCAGGGGUAGUUCGAGGGCUUUUUGUUUUCUCCCCUUUUUGAUGUAUAGACAGAGGUAGUUCAAGCCACUAUAUUCGUAGAAGUUUUUGGAUGAAGCAAAUAAAUAUAGCGUAGAUCUUAGUCCGUUUAAUUUAAUUAUUCGGCUUUUGGAUCUUUCCAAGUUGAUGCUUUUUUUUUUUAACUACCAUUUGCCUCUUCCUACA